CUGUCAUAUAAAAUAUUUAAUUCAGUGGCGAUACAUAAUCGAGUCAUUCAUCUCGGUUGCCUAUUGUGAAAAAGAAUAAUAAUUAUUCAAACAGAAUACGCAGAAGCAAAAUCUCCAAUGGAUGCGAAAAGCAUAAAGACAACAUCAAUGGCGCAAUGCGCUUUAUUAUUGCGCGAGGUCAGAAAACAUCCAGUGUUAGCUAAAUACACACCACCAACGGCUGCACUUCGCCAUGAAAAAGAUUCGAAAUGGGAGAAAUUGCUAAAAAACUAAAUGCUAUUGGUUCACCUGAACGUUGUAGAACAGAAUUGAAAAGGGUUUUUUGUCAUUUAAAAGCAAGAACAAGAAGGAAAUUGGUCGAAAAUGUUGAAGCCGGCUUCACACAACAUCAGCUAACGGAACCAGAAAAAACAUUGUCCGAUAUACUUAAAAUAGUUGAACCAAUUAAGCCCAGUAGUGCACCAAGUGGAGUGUCUUCAGUCAAAUUGUCCACAACAUCAAAAUCUGUCGUCUCCGGCUCCAAACUCAUGCAUAACAUGAGGAAAUCUCAGAAAAAGCUUCAACAACCACCACCACAGAUUGCUCAAUUGAGGAUCGUGUCAAAAAACAAAUAUAUGAUGGGCAGCGUAAUUUCAAUUUCAUCGUCAAUUACAUCAUCAAGUUAAAUACUUAAAAAUAUCCAAAGAAAUUAGGGAUAUAAUGGACAGCCAGUGUCAAUAUAUAGAUAGACUAACAAGUGCUGUUGAAAGACAAGAGAAGUUAAUGGAACGAUAACUGAAGUUGAUGGAAAAGCAAACUUUAGCUAUGGAACGUGAAGGCGCUGCGUUAGAGAGAAUGGCGGAAUUCAAUGAAUGAAUGUUUCUGUUUCGUGUGAAAGGUUUUUUAAAUUUAUUUUUGUAACGAGUAAUAUAAGAUAAUAUAUAAGAAUGAACAUAAUAUAUAUUUUCAAAAUACAAGCACGCAAAUAACUUAGACUUUUUUAAA